CUUCAAUCAUGGCAAGGAACAUUUUAUCUAUUUCGGUAGUCAUCGUUUCUCUGUUUGUUUUGGUUGGUGUUCCUGGAGUACAUUCUCAAACGAAGGUGGGAUGCUUAGCAGGAGAAGAAAUGAUAAGCGUUCCAUAUAAUGGACAUUGUGAAACUGGAGAUUGUGCAACGAAACUGAAUAAGUUGGUUGUACCGGGUAGCACUAGAUUGACUCGUUCAAUGUGUGACCCACUGAUAUCAUGCCAGGGUUGCUACAUGCGAAUCACACCAUCCCCGCCACCACCAUCAAAUGAAUGCUAUCCAGGAGACGAAGUUAUUAAGCUUCCGUAUGCUGGUUCUUGCCUUGAGUGUGAACAGAAACUAAGAAAGAAGGCAACAAAAGAUUAUACUUUGUGGCGUUGGAUGUGCGCUGCUUAUACCUCUUGCGAAGGUUGCUAUACAAGAAACCCACCACCACCACCACCCUCCCCACCCCGACCACCGCCAUCCUCACCAAGUCCACCACAACCCUCUCCAACCCCACCACCGCCACCACCCUAUCCAAGCCCCGAUUGGGAGUCGUCCGUUUUCCCUGAAGAAAUGAUCCUUCGAAAUCCAUCUACACCAGACAAGAAAUGGUGCCGGUAUAAACUUGCGGAGUUUUAGUUAUUAUCAUGCAAACCUCACAGUAUCCUUCGUCCUGGUCCGGGGUUCAAUAGGCAUUUUCUUAGAGCUAGUAUGUGUUAGUUUCAUUUUAGAUGAUUGUGCUUAAAUCUUUCAUAUAUUUGUGUUCACAUCGUCGCACUCUUGGUUGUGAUUCUAGAUGGCUAGAUGUAGU